AUGACUCGCCGUUGCCCAUGGAAGAAGGGACGGCCGGCCGCCACGCCCACGCCGACGCCGCCUCCGGCGUCGUCGUUCGUCCGGGGCGAGCACGAGUUCCGCGUCGUCGGCUACAGCACGGCCGGCGAGACCCACUACUCCAUCCUCUCCGGCGCCUUCCAGGUCGGCGGCCACACCUGGGCCCUCGACUGCAGCUUCGACACAGAAGGGCACCUCGCCUCCCUCGCAGUCUGGCUGCUCACGCCUUACAUCACCCAGGACUUCGUCGUUGCCAAGGCCGGCCUUAGGAUCGAGGACCCCCUCGGCCGGCUCCCGGCCGCCGAGUGGCACAACGAGGAAGCGCACACCUUCACCAUCUGGUCCGGCGAGGACGGCCACUUGUCCCAGACCGGCAGCAGGAGCUGGAAGUUAUCGGUGCCGGACGAGUUCCGUGGCAAUGAGAGCCGCUAUGUACAGGACGACCGGCUCACCAUUGUCUGCACCCUCGAUGUCCUCCAUGGGGAGGAGGAUAACUCUACCAUCGCUGACGAUGUCCAGAAGCUUCUUUUUCUUCCGUCUGAGCCGGAGUUAAAGUCAGAGUCCGACAGGAGCAGGCAUACAUGCAUGUUGCCCGACGUGACGUUCGUGGUGGAGCAGACCGAGAUCCAGGCGCACAGGCUCGUGCUCGCCAUGCGGUCGCCUGUGUUUGCCGCCGAGCUCAUGGGCGACAUGAGAGAGAGCACCACGCGCCGUGUCAGGGUCGACGACAUGCGCGCGUCUACCUUCAGGGCCAUGAUCCGCUUCAUCUACACCGACAGGCUUCCCAUCAAGGCAAAGACGGACGAUAGGGAAGCAUCGGGAAGCCAGCGUGCUUGCAAAGACAGGUGUGCAGCGAAGCGUCGCGUGGCCAUGGCGUGCGACCUGCUCGCGGCCGCGGAUCGCUACGACCUGGAGAAGCUCAGGCUCAUGUGCGAAGAGGUAUUGUAUGAAAGCAUGGAUGUCGCUUCUGUGCUGCCGACCUUGUUGGUGGCACAUGGUCGGUACAACUGUCGGCAACUGGAGGCCUCUUGCAUUGAGUACCUGGCGUCCGAGGCGGCUGUCAGAGCAACAGAUGAGUACAAGCAGCUGGAAGAGAGCUGCAAAUCCUUGGUAGUCGAGGCCAUGAACAAAGUAGGCACGCGUAAAUUAGCCGGCAGCUCCUCAUCCUUGGAUAUCGCCAGCAACCCCCGACGGGCAAAGAAGAUGAGCGUUUCAACUUAUAACACGUCGAAGGUGGUGAGCGGCACACACGAGAUGAGGAUUCCCAACUUUAGUAGCCAACAUGGUGUUGGUAGAACAAUAUACUCCAACACUUUCCAGAUAGACGGUUGUGACUGGAAGCUAGUGGUAGACCCAGGAUUACGGACUGAAGGGCGUAUCUGCGUGUUCGCUCACCUGUUAACUGAUCCGGGAAUUGCCGGUGUCAGGGCGUAUGUCUGUUUCAGAAUGAGUGACCCUAACGGCAAAUCUGCGCCAACUCAAGGAGAACUUCAAACCAUAUUUACAAGGAAAGCACCGUCAAAGGGGUAUAAUUUCACGGACACGAAAUACGCAGAGCAGCAUUACCUAGCACAUGAUGGCUCUCUAACCUUACACUGCAACAUUAUAGUCACCAACAAGACCUGCUGCGUUGCUACUGGUACCGCCUCAUCCGGCGUCGGAGACAUGACGCUUGCGCCGACACCCGACAUUGCUCGGCACCUCGAGGAGCUGCUAGCGAGCCAGAAGGGCUCGGACGUUACAUUCCUUGUCGAAAACAGAGAGAUUCGCGCGCACAAGCUCCUGAUCGCCGCAAGGUCUCCCGUCCUAUACGAGAUGGUUGUGGGGGUGGCCAACAUGGAAGCCGUCGUACCGGUGGACGAUAUGAAGUCUGCGGUCUUUGAAGCCGUGCUGCACUUCAUCUACACCGGCGAGCUUCCUCCUAUGGAAGACUUGGCACUUAUUUCCACUAGCAGCAGCGCCGAGGAUAUAUCCUUUGAUAUGCAAGAGCUAGCCCUUGCUGGUAGUUUCGCCGUGGACGGCGGCGUGUUGAUUGUUGGAGACAUAAUGGCCGCGGCGUGCAGGUUCAGUCUGGACACGAUGAAGGCCAAAUGCGAGACCUUGCUAGCGGAGUCCAUCAAGAAAGAGAGCGCACGGAGCACGCUAAGGCUGGCACGCCAUCACGGCUGCUCCAAGCUCGAGGAUUACUGCGACCAGUUCGUCUCGUCGCCAUAUGCUAAUAAGCCAAUUCGAUUACGGGGCACUGAAGUGAAGAUAGAAGACAACUUCCAGGAAGCAGCAGCAGCAGCCUCCAGUCCUCGGCUUUUGGGGAAGGCGGUGGCUCCUGUCCUCCUCCGGCGUCCUGUGGCGGCGGCGGUUGGUCUCGGGCCUGGAUUUGGUGACAUGGAGAUUUCGAAGGGACCCAACGAGAUCCGACGGUCCACGGCCAUCGUCGUCUCCGACAAGAGUCGAGCUCACUGGUGGCGAGGGUUGGGGGUCGGGGAGCUCACCGGCGGCCGGCGGUCGUCGGCGAGGGAGCAGGGUGAGGUUUUCAUGGACGGCGGAGCAUCUGGUACAGGUGGCGUCGCCUGA